UGUACUGUAGUGGAGUAUAUUUUACGCCUAUGUUUUGGCGUUACCAGUUAUACUUCUGGUUGGACAUUAAAGUGUGGUUUUUCCCCGUAUCCCAGGUCACCACCUGCAGAAUCACUCCUUUUUUGGGGGUGUCUUGCUAAUUGCCUAUAAUUUCCACCUUUUGUCUAUUCCAUUUGCACAACAGCAUGUGAAAUUUAUUGUCAAUCAGUGUUGCUUCCUAAGUGGACAGUUUGAUUUCACCGAAGUGUGAUUGACUUGGAGAUACAUUGUGCUGUUUAAGUGUUCCCUUUAUUUUUUUGUUUUGAGCAGUGUAUAUUGGUAUAUUCUUUGUCAGACUCCUCCAAUUCAGGUACUCCAGAACUCUAUGUGGACCAACAAGAGAUGACUGGAGUUGUAGGAGGGAGUGUCACCGUGCUCUGUUACUAUAGUUCAUAUGGAGGCAGCGGGAGGUGGUGCAGGAUGGGAGGCUCUUGUGUGGCUGUGGGAAGUUCUGGAGCUUUCGAAGGAACAGUUGUGAAGUUAGAGCAGAGAAAAACCACCAACGGUUAUGUCUUAACGGUGACUAUGAGUGGAUUGAUGAUGGAGAACACUGGCUGGUACUGGUGUGAAAAGGGAAAACUACAGAUGCCUGUUCAUAUCACUGUCAAUCAACCAACCACAACACAGAGCACCACCACAACAACACAAGCUCCAACCUCUCACCAAACCUCACUAACCAGUGCUGAGUCUAACACUUCUCCACCCACAGUUACCCCUUCUGUUACAGACAGGGACAAUGUUGUAACUAAUGAGAACACAGAUGAGAAGCACCAGAGUUUACUGGAAGUCCUGUUCAUUCCUCUGAGCCUGUUGGUGGUGUUGAUAGCUGUUACCUUGGUCACAUUGAAGAUGUUGAGAAAACAUAAGGACAAGAAGGCAAAGGACCAACCAACAAAAACCUCAGUACAGUCUGCUGACCCUGAGCAGGACAUUACCUACAGCACUGUGAGUCACAUCAGAGGAACAGCACAACAGGACCUAAACCCUGAGAGACAUGGUGACUUAUACACCACUGUGAUUCCUAAGCAGCACUGGACAGCACAAAGGCAGGACCCAUUUCCGGAUGAUGCAGUGACAUACAGCACCGUGGUCACCAAGAACAAGACCCAACCAAAUCAGAACCAGCUUGUGGUCUACAGCACAGUGGCCCAACACCAGAGAUAUAGUAGGUCGCAAAGUACCAGACGAGAUGUUGGGGAAAAUACUGAAGGAUCUCAGUGUACUAGGGCAUCAGAACAAAAUUGAGUAACAUAUAACAGUAUUUGUCACCUCCUGCCCCAACCCUUUGUCCUCAUUACUUUAUUGUUCUAUCUAUCUUGUUAAUAUGCAUAUCUUAUAGACUAAAAGUCUUGUACUUAUAAUAAACUGUG